AUGCAUCGAUCUGAACGUACGUAUUCACUAUCAACACCGCUCUCCCCGGAGUUGAUCGCUUACCUUCGCGAAUCUAUGAGCGAGCUGAAGUUUGAUCCGCCCUAUGUGUUUGUGAUUUUUGGUGCAUCUGGUGAUCUUGCAAAGAAGAAAAUUUACCCAACUUUGUGGUGGCUUUUUCGCGAUUCGCUGCUUCCCAUUAAUACCACUAUUGUUGGUUUUGCCCGAUCCGAUCUUACUAUGGCAAAGUUGAGGGCAUCGUUUGAGAAAGCCUGUAAGAUCCAUGAUGGUGAAAAGCAGAAGUUUGAGGAAUUCAUAAAAAGGUGCGCCUACAUGAAGGGCCAUUAUGACAAACCAGAAGGUUUUGAACACCUGAAAAUAUUCAUCAAUGAACUUCAGGCUAAAAACAAUAAUCAACCCGUCAACCGACUGUACUAUCUAGCAGUUCCGCCCGCUGUUUUCGAGUCCGUUACGUAUGAGUUGAGCACACACUGUAUGGAUAAUGGAGAUUCCUGGACUCGUGUGGUCAUCGAAAAGCCUUUUGGGCAUGAUUUGCAGUCGUCUACGAAGCUGUCCAACCAUUUAUCUAAGCUGUUCAAAGAGGAGCAACUGUAUCGUAUAGAUCAUUAUCUUGGAAAAGAAAUGGUACAGAAUCUGAUGGUGCUUCGCUUUGGUAAUCGCUUUCUUGGACCGUCAUGGAAUCGUGACAAUAUCGCCUCUGUUACAAUUUCCUUCAAAGAAAGUUUUGGCACUAAAGGUCGUGCAGGAUAUUUUGAUACUGCUGGUAUUAUAAGAGAUGUGAUGCAGAACCAUCUAAUGCAAAUUUUAACGCUGGUAGCAAUGGAGAAACCUGCUAGUCUGAAUACUGAAGAUAUUCGAGAUGAAAAGGUCAAAGUUCUAAAAGCAAUAAAACCCGUGAAGUUGAAACAUAUUCUAUUGGGUCAGUAUGUAGCUAAUCCAGAAUGCUCACAUCCAGACGCUUCGGCAAGUUAUAGAGAUGAGCAAGAUGUUCCACAGAACUCUUUAACCCCGACAUACGCCCUUGCAAUUCUCUAUGUGCAUAAUGAAAGAUGGGAAGGAGUACCGUUCUUCCUGCGCUGUGGAAAAGCUCUGAAUGAAGAUAAAGCUGAGGUUCGCGUACAGUUCAAGGAGGUUAACGGCGACAUCUAUCCACCUGGUGAAUUGAAGAGGAGUGAACUUGUAAUACGAGUACAACCUAAUGAGGCCGUAUAUCUGAAGUUGAUGACUAAGAAGCCUGGUAUGGGGUUUGGUGUCGAGGAGUCAGAACUUGACUUGACCUAUAAUGACAUACGUUUACCUGAUGCAUACGAACGACUUCUUCUCGAAGUGUUUAUGGGAUCUCAAAUUAAUUUCGUUCGCACUGAUGAACUGGAGAACGCGUGGCGUGUAUUUACUCCAAUUCUUCAGCAAACGAAGGAUAUAGAACCGGUAUUCUACAAGUUUGGAAGCCGCGGUCCGAAAGAAGCCGAUGAAAUGAUGGAAAAAAAUGGCUUUAUCUUCUCAGGGACCUAUAAAUGGCUUUCACCAAAUAAGCUAUGA